AUGGCAGCGCCUGGCCGCUGCAGCCUCUCGGCUGCUUUUCGGCAGCACUUGCGGCACCUGGCUCUGCAGGACUUUCCCUGCGGCCUUGGCAGCUGGAACAAGUCCUGCUCCCCUGCACGCAGGCAUCCCCGCAGCGGCCAGCCGGGGCUGGGGAUGAGGGUGGCUGGGCAGGAUGAGGCCCUGCCGCUGGGCGAGGAGAGCCCCGAGGCACUGGUGGAGCUGCUGAGGGACCCGCACAGCCCCUGGGCCCCACCGCCGGGCUGCAGCCCCCAGGACCAGCACCUGCGGGAAACAGCUGUGCUGGCGCCUGAGCUCAUCCGCGGCUCCAAGGUCUUGCAGAUCCUCAGAUCCCUGCAGAUCGUCGGCAAGGGAGUGGAGGAGGUUGACGAGGGUCUGUUGCAGUUACAGCAGCUGGAAGAGCUCAUCCUCAGUGCCAACCACAUCAGCAGGAUAACCUCGGCCAACCUGCCCCGGACACUGAAGGUCCUGGAGCUCUGCUGCAAUGCUGUGGCUGAUCUGCAGGACCUGUGCACUCAGCCUCCUCCAGAGCUCCAGCACUUGGGACUGGGAUACAACAGGCUGCGUGGCCCUUCGCCGGACAAGUACCUCACUGUGACCUUCUGGCCAAAUCUUGUCUCCCUUGACCUGAGCUUUAACAACUUCACAGACCUGCUGGGGCUGGUCUCCCAACUGUCCAGUCUGCAGAAGCUCCGCAUCCUGGUGCUCCAAGGGAACCCACUGGCUCUCAUUCCCACCUACAGAGGCUUCCUCGUGGACAGCCUGCCCAAGCUUUCCAUCCUUGAUGACACCCAUGUAGAGCCUGAAGAGAGGUGCCGGUUCCACGGUCUGGCGAGGCAGCCAGAGCUGAUCAGGUGUGAAGCACGAGUGGUUGUGAGUGUCGGGGAAAUCAAGGGAGUCCCCGAUCCCAGAGCUCUCCAGCGGCGGGAGGUGGGCUCUGAGGCUCCGCUGAUCACCUACAGCUACUGUGUAAUGUACGAGUUUGUGGAGGGAGAGGAGCUCGAGGACGGUGGCAACACUGAGGUAACAAAAAUCCAUCAGAGUCCCGUGGUGGCCACCCGGCAUGUAGACAGCUCUGCUUCUGCUUGGGGCACAGGAGAAACAGGGAGGCAGCAGGAGCCUGCAGCCACAGGAGAGCCCAAGGCCCAUUCUGCAAAGGUGUUUGCCACCCCUGGAAAGCCCUGGGCGGACACCAUCGACUGCAGCUACAGGAAGGAGCACACUGCCAAGGACUUGGUGGGGCUGAAGUCCUACCUGGAGGCUGGAACGACUGUCUCGGUUGUGGAAGAGCAGGUGCUGUCAUGGCCUGUCAAUGCUGAUCCAGAAGGAAAUGCAGUCACAACUAAAAAGGCAGGACGGGGGCUGCAGAAGAACAGUGCCAAGGGUCCUUCACCCAGGGACAAGCAGAAAAAGAAGAAGCAGGGGAAGCCACAUGAACUCCGCAGUGACCCUCCCAUCCGAAGGACCCUGGGCACCACAAGGGUGACCCUGGAAGCCUUGCUGGCCACCGAGGACCUGGUGGCAACUGUGUGUGACUUUGGGAUCCUGACCACCGAGCAGCCGCUGCAGACCCCAGGUCUAGAGGAGAAGGUAAGGACCAAAAAAGGCGCAGACAAGAGCCAAAAACCAAAAGCAGAGAGAGAAAGUCAGGCCAGCCAGAAAACCGCAGCGUCUGCCCGAGGAAAAAGGAAAACCAAAACCGCUGCAGAGCCAGAGGGGAACCGGGGGCUGCCGCCCGUGCCACUGACGGUCCCGUUCCAGGUGCAGCUGCUUCGGUGGCCCCUAGCAGCCCGUUUGCAGAGCCUGGAGAGCGCGGCCGUGGGAAACAGCCGGUGAUGUGGCUGUAGCAAAAGAGAGCGUGGGAAAUAAAACCCAUGGGAUGGGGAAGUAAACCCCACUGGGAUGGGGGAAUAAACCCAUUGGGGUGGGGAAUAAAACCCACUGGGAGGGGGAAUAAACCCACUGGGAUGGGGGAAUAAAGCCCACUGGGAUGCUGUGUGUAUCCUGGUUUAGCUGAACCUACAGAGCGGGGAGAUGCCACACCUG